AUGAAGUUUGUAGCAUACAAUCUGAUCCUAACGGUGGCAGCAGUCUUUGUCAGGGGCGUUCAUUCCUCAAAGUUAGUAGCUAUUCCUUUCACGGGAGUUCGACAUCGACGAGGCACUGGUUUAGCGGCCUCUGCUGUAAACGUUCCGCUUGAGAAUAUUGAUGUGGCUUACUUAAUCGACAUAGAAAUUGGAACACCUCCUCAACCCUUCACUUUGCUCUUGGACACAGGCUCAUCUACCACUUGGGUUCCUGAGAAAAAUUGCGGUAGGUUAUGCGGCUACCCUAGCAACACAUAUGAUUCCGCCGCUUCUUCCACCUUUAACGAAAGUGCGAUGCAGAACUUGCCGUUUGGUAUUCGCUAUGGACGAGGAUUUGCUCAAGGUUAUUAUGCUCAGGAUACCUUAACGGUACAUGGUGUGCCUGUACCCCGCGCUAAAUUUGCGAUAUCUGAUUCUAAUGAUGGAGAAUUGACCGCUGCGGGAGCUGACGGUAUUCUUGGUAUGGGACCAGAUAGCCUAAGUCGGUACAAUAAUCCUGAUGAUGUAGUCGUCCCUACACUUGCUACAACAAUGUAUGAAGACGGCAUUAUAGACGAGAAUGUGUUUUCCAUUUACUUCAAGCCUAUCGAUUAUGAUGAUACCACUAUUGAGCAACAAAGACGAGUCAAUGGAGCGAUCGUCUUCGGGGGCGGUAAGAAUACGUAA